AUGUCAGAUAAUACAGAUGAUUAUUCAUAUGAUUAUGAAUAUUUAUAUAAAAUAGUAUUAAUUGGAGAUUCAGGAGUUGGAAAAUCAAAUUUAUUAUCAAGAUUUACAAGAGAUGAAUUUAAUUUAGAAAGUAGAUCAACAAUUGGAGUUGAAUUUGCAACAAGAACAGUUGAAAUUGAUGGUAAAAGAGUUAAAGCACAAAUUUGGGAUACUGCAGGACAAGAAAGAUAUAGAGCAAUUACAUCUGCUUAUUAUAGAGGUGCAGUAGGAGCUUUAAUAGUUUAUGAUAUUUCAAAAACAGAAAGUUAUGAAAGUGUUAGUAGAUGGUUAAAAGAAUUAAAAGAACACGCUGAUGCAAAUAUAAUAAUAGAAUUAGUUGGUAAUAAAUCUGAUUUAGAUCAUUUAAGAGCUGUACCAACAGAUGAAGCAAAAAAUUUUGCAUUAGAAAAUAAUUUAUUAUUUACUGAAGCUUCAGCAUUAAGUUCUGAUAAUGUUGAUUUAAGUUUUCAUCAAUUAUUAAAAAAUAUUUAUGAAAUGAUUUCAAAACAUCAAUUAGAUAUUAAUGAACAAAGUGGUGGAUUAAAAACAAGUAAUAAUGGUCCUACUAUAAGUUUAACUCCUGCUCCAAAAGAUAAAAAUAAAAGUAAAAAUAAUGGUGGAUGUUGUUAA